AUGGUGAGGAAAGCAAAUCAACAGGCUGGCCGGAGUUUGGUGAAAGAUGCUGCCGCCGCCGUCGGAGCCAUCCCGUUACGCGCACGCCUCAAACCCAGCGAGCGCCAGCUGAAACUGGCUGUGUUCGGGGGGAGCCCGGAGGGCGCAGGGGUGCGUCCCGGAGCAGGGAGCGUCGCGGCCGCCCCGGCAGCGCUGAGCGAGGAGGGGCGGCUGUGGGCCCCACGGUGGGGGGCGCGGUGCCUCGCCCGCUCGCCAGCCCCGGGAGCUGCGGACAGCGGCCCGUCUGUGGUCAAGGCCGUGUCUUCUGGCUUGCCAGCCCCGGCGCUGCAGGGCGGCUGGGUGCUGCCCGCCUGCUCCCCGGCUGUGCCGGGGCCGUGGAUCCCGGGGGACCAGGGCCACGAGGGCUCAGCCAGCAGCUGGCCCUCCGGGAGCAAAGCCACCAAGGUCCUCUCCUGGGACAGGCGGUGGCUGGCAGUAAUUCCCGUCCCAAAGCUCCUCCUGGGGCUGGCCCGGGGAGCGGGGAGGGGGGAGGCCGCGCUGCCGCCCGUCGCUCACCUGCUCUGCUGCCGUUCCCUGCAGGAGGUCGGCCCCACCAUGGUGGGGGACGAGCACUCGGAUCCCGGCCUGAUGAGCUUCCUGGGGGCCACCAAGAGGAACAUGCUGGGCAACCACUUCUGGGAGUACUACGUGAACGAUGCCCCGCGGAUAGUCUUGAACAAGCUGGAGAGCUGUGGUUACCGGGUGGUGAGCAUGACAGGCGUGGGCCAGACGUUGGUGUGGUGCCUCCACAAGGAGUAGCGAGGAAGACUUCCGCGUUCCACCUGGACAAGAUCCUGCCGGCGAUCAUCUCACACAGGACUGACAGCAAACGUUGCCCCUUAAUUCCUUUCUGUCCCAGACCCCAGGCGCUCGGGC